UGGGAAAAAAAAAGUUUGUCCCCAUCCAGCCGUGCCUGCCGAGAGAGCACCAAAUCGAAAUCGGCGGCUAGCCGGCGGGGGUCGAAGGGGAGUCGGAUCGAGAUGGUCGCGCCGAGGGGGCGGCGCUCCCCGUCCGGUCCAGAUCGACGGCCACAGGCGGGAGGUGGGGAGCGGAGCGCCGGAGGAGCCGCGGCCUCGGAGCAGAAGGCCGCCGCUAGGGUUUCGGUCAAUCAGCCGGCCCCGCCGCCCAAGUUCAACGCCGGCGCGGACAGGAUCAGCGCUCUCCCCGAGCACCUCCUCCUCGAGAUCCUCGAGCGCCUUGACCUGCGCGAGGCGGUCCGCGCCGGGGCGCUCUCGAGACGGUGGCGGCGCCUCCCGAAGCACCUCUCGCGCGUGGACCUCGACGUCGCUCACUUCCAGGGCGCGACGCCGCUCGAGGCCAUGGACGCGUUCACGGGUGCGGCGCGGUCGCUGCUCGCCGUGGUUCCCCUCGCCGAGAGCAGCGCCCUCAAGUCCCUUAUCCUCGGCUUCUACAUGCCUUCCCCUCCUCACCUGAGCACCAUAGGCCGCCUCGUCCAGGACGUCGUGAGCUUGGGCCAGACCGAAUGCCUUGAGUUUUGCAUAUCCCUGCCGUCCCCGAGCAACACCGUCCCGCAGCGCGCUGAGAUUGGGCGGCAGUUCAUGUCCUUCUGCCAGGCCUACCCGGUCGCCUUCUCUUGGCUCACGAGUCUUGCACUCGAGCGCCUUGCAUUUGGUCAUUCUGACAUCACCGAGCUCAUUAGCUCUUGUGGUAGGCUCAGGCGCCUCACCCUGCGUACCUGCAGACUGGUUGAUCUGCCCUUCGUGCUCAAGAUCGACACGCCGUGCUCUGGGAUCCAGGAGCUCAAGUUCCUCUGUGUUGGGUGCACGCGGAUCGACCUCAUUUCUGUCCCUAAGCUUAGGCAAGUGGUGUGCCAUUCUUGGAUCUCCGAGAAGCUUCCACUGCACUUUGGCUAUGUUCCUGAGCUUCGCAGUGUACUACUCGAUUCUAGAGCCAUGGCAUGGUAGAGGCCAUUUCCGCUGAGCGAGUGCCUGUCAAGGAGUGCCAGCAACCUGUUGAGUCUUCAUCUUGGUUUCGAGCAACAAAUGAUUUGGAUUCUGCCAGAACAUCCGAAGAAGCUCACUGCUAUGUUCAGAAACCUGACCUCUGUGUUUCUUUGGGAUAUCUUCAAUGAGUGUGAUCUGAACUGGACACUGUUUAUCCUUGAAGCUGCACCUUGCCUACAGUGUAUUGAUUUAUCUCGACAUUCAUGCAUCGAGACGCCCGACAACAGUGCCGAGAAGACCAACGUGGUGUGGGAGCCAUCCAAGGAUUUCAAGCACCUAAACUUGAAGUUGCUGGGGAUCCAAGGGUGCGAGGAUGAAGACAAGGUGACAAACUAUGUAAGGCUUGUGAUGGAACGAGCUGUGCGGCCGUUGAUAAUCAAGCUGCAGGAUGAAUUCCCAUGCAGGGACUGCAAUGCCACCAACCUUGACAGAUCCAAGGCGGACAAAGCUAGCAGGCGCCGGAUUAAGGAGCGACUCGCGCAUGGAUCAUCCUCAUGUGUGAAGAUAAUUAUCUGAUAUGUCAAGGAAUGCUGGAAAAAUUCUUGACUUGUUGAGGCUCUCUAUUUUCAGAAUGCGUCUUUGCCGCCUUGCCUGGACCCAGAUUGUGGUCUUUGGGAAACAUUCUGGUGGUAGACUUUGCUUUCUGAAUUUGUCUUUGUCACUAUGACCGAAUCAAUGGAAGCGAAGGUGGAUUGCGAUGACGGUGUAGGAAAGGGAAAUUGUGAACUUUUUUUGUUUCUGUUUUAUAUACUCACAAACUCCAUGUUGUAUGCCCAUUUCAGCCAGGAGGGUGUCAUUCAAAUUCUUGAUGGGUUCUCUGCUUGGAAUGUGACUGAAUGAAAAGGGUGCAAAUUAAUUGAGUUCUGCUCUUUUAUAUCUGAUGAGUGGAAGCCUGUCGUAACGCUCAUGGAAAAUGGAAGACAGUCCUGGAGAUGGUAUUGUUACAUUCGGCCAGAGAUACACAACAAGAGGUCUAUGGUGCGAAUUUUUGUCAAUGUGAGGUUUAACCAGGCCUGGAGAUGGUAUUUGAUGGAUGGCACUCUUCUUUUUGCAUGCCUCGAAGAAAUUGCAGCUCCAGCAGGAACUUGUACGACAUCAAUAUGCCAACCUGCGCCAGCGGAAAAGAAAUCUCUGCUAUUUGAUUUUUGGAUGAUCAGAGGAUUUAAACUACCUAUGUUACAUUACAGGGGAGGCAGAUUUGGCUAGACUGUCCAGAGCCAACUAAAGAAACAUAACUAGGCUCCCAGCUUGUAUGUAAAAACUUGUCAAGCAAAAUUUCCUGUGCUUUCCGGAA